CUCGAUCCCACUUCGCAGCGUCUGUCGUUGAUCCUUCACGUGUCCAUCGGGCCGUCUCCGUCUCCCUCAUUGCUCCCUUCUUUGUCCUUGUCCAAGAGGACCAAGCCAGCGGCUGAAGAGUGCCGCGGGCCUCCACAUCCUGUCCUCUCGCGCACUGUCAUUCGCGUGCGAGCAGCAUCCACUCAGCUCUGCGAACCACAGCUCGCGCCCGCCACCACCCGUCCCUAUUGCUGUGAUAUUUCAAUAUUGUUGCUCUUUAUCUCUCCACCUGUCGCCGCGCUCCUUGCAUUCCCCAGCCUCGCCUACGCGCCCGCUAGCCGCUUCCGGCCUGUGCCUCUGCCACGCUGCGUCUGCGCAACCUCACCGCUGCUGAUUCCGCCGUUGCCUACCAAACACCAAACCACAGCCCACCGUGACGGCGACGCUCCUUUCCCCGCUGCGCUCCUUUGUACCUCUGCUGUCGUGUCUAACUAUCUGAGUUGCGCGAGGCACCGUCUGCUCAACGCGUCAUCGCUUAUCCGUCUGUGGGAGCGUCCACCACUCCUUCGGGUGAUUCUCCGUCUAUUUGGAAGAAGCCCAAAGCGUCGAGGCUCAAGCGCGCUCUGUCGAAUCAGAGGAGACGCUCUCACGAGUCUGCAGGUUCCCUUACCCGCUCCUACCGCAGG